AUGCCCGCACUGCUUGGCGGUAUUGCGAUGGCGUCCGUCGCUGCGCUGUCCAUGCCCGCUUUCGCAAUCCUUUACGGUCUCGUAUUUGGUCAAUACACAAGCUAUGGCGAAGGAUCGAUAAGCAGCAGCCAACUCAUGAGCAACAUGGCCAGGUUCUGCGUAAUUCUUACCGCUCUCGCAACACUCAACUGGAUUGCCAAUAGUUUCUACUAUCUCUUCUUUCUCAUGUUCGGAGAGCUCCAGGCGAGGAGUGCUCGCAACAGAAUCUUCGAUGCUCUUAUCAAAAAGGAUAUGGCUUGGUUCGAUACGCGGGAGGAUGGAAUCGCCGCAUUUCUGCCGACAGUACAGAUUUCUAUACUUGGUUCAAUCCUCAGUGGCAAAGCGGUUGUCACUACGAGUACACGAGCAUUCCGAGAACUUGAAGUCGGCACUGAAAUAUAUUACGACUGCAGUAACAAGUAUUGA